AAAACACAUACAUAUCUGUGUUUAGUUAUUAUGAGAUAAGAACGGAGCUAUUGAAAUUACUUUCAGUACUCGUUUGAAGUUUGAGGUUUCGGGUAGUGUAAAAUUAUUACAAUGGCAGUAAUAAUUUUAAUUCUAAUAUUUAUUAUCAUUGUUUCCUUCUUGUACAAUCACUUCACAAAAUAUAACAAUUAUUGGAAAGAAAAAAAUGUUGUUGGCCCAAAUCCGACGUUUUUCUUUGGAAAUAUAAAGGAUGCAAUACUCAGAAGAAAACCCAUUGGCGUCGUUUUCAAAAAUAUUUACGAUAAGUAUCCAGAGGAGAAAGUGGUAGGAAUAUUCGUAAUGAGAUCUCCUGAAUUGCUAAUAAGGGAUCUAGAUGUCGUGAAGAAUAUUCUAAUAAAAGACUUUGAUAUUUUUGUAGACCGUGGUGUUGAGUUUAAAAAGACGGGUCUUGGAGCAAAUUUGUUUCAUGCUGACGGCGAUACUUGGCGAGUUUUGAGAAACCGCUUCUCCCCACUUUUCACUUCUGGAAAGCUGAAGAACAUGAUUUACCUUAUAAGUGAACGUGGAGAUAUGUUUUUAAAGUAUGUAUCCCGGGUUAUACAGUUAAAUUCGGAACAAGAAGUCCACAAUAUGGUACAAAAGUUCACGCAGGCCGCUAUAGCUGCCUGUGCGUUUGGCGUAGACAUCGAUACUUUCAACCAAGAACACGAAACACUUCGUAGAAUCGACCGUAAAAUAUUUACCGUCAACUUUGGUCGUGAACUUGAGAUGAUGUAUCCUGGUAUUUUAAAGAAAAUCGGAGGCUCUCUUUUUCCAAGAGAGCUCAAUACAUUCUUUUUCGAUUUGGUUAAAGAUGUAAUUGUGCAGAGAGAUGGUAAACCAACUAAUAGAAACGACUUUAUGGAUUUAAUUUUGAAUUUGAGAAAAGAGAAGCGCAUUACUGGACCAAGGAGAACAGACGAUGUCACUGAGAGAAGUUUAGACAUAACUGAUGAGGUCAUGGCGGCACAGGCAUUUGUUUUUUAUGCCGCGGGUUACGAAACCAGUGCGUCAACUAUGGGUUUCUUCCUGUACCAAUUAGCUCUCAACCCAGAGAUCCAAGACAAGGUAGUGGCCGAAAUAAAUGAAGUAUUGAAGAAACAUGAUGGAGAGAUGACUCUACAAGCUGUUUUGGAUUUGACUUACAUGGGCAAAGUUUUCGAUGAAACAUUGAGAAUGUAUCCGAUUGUAACUGAAUUGAAAAGAAAGUCUAACAACACCUAUAGCAUACCUGGUACUAAUGUAACGAUAGAGAAGAAUCAGUUGAUUAAAAUUCCGGUGCUUGGCAUCCAUUAUGACGAAAGGAUAUACCCUAACCCAGAGAAGUUUGACCCAGAGAGAUUCUCCCCCGAGAACGUGGCAUCGAGACAUUCGUGCGCAUUUUUGCCUUUUGGACUUGGACCUAGAAACUGCAUCGGGACCCGGUUCGCGCAGGUACAAUCCCGGGUGUGCUUGGCGAAGCUCCUCUCCCAGUUUAGGGUGGAACCCUCCAAGAACACCCCACUUAAAUUCCAAUACGAGCCUCGACGUGUUGUGUUGUACCCCAAAGGUGGUAUUCCGAUCAACUUCGUUCAGAGACAUGAUAUAUGAGGACGCGGCAUUACAUCUACCUUUGGCAUCUAAAAGUUCUGCCCCAAUAGCCAUAACUAUAACUUUUUCAAUAAUAUUCCGCCGUCCAGUGCUGCGUGAGUGGUAGCAUUUCUUCGUCAACCUGAUCAGGCCGGUCGAAAUUGUCACUUGAUGUUGGAUUAUCAAUGAAUGGUUUUUCAAUGUCGGCACACAUCUCCAGUCCUGUAUAUUCUCGCACGAUUAACCAUUGUUGUAGUUGCAGAUGCAGACAGCUGAGCAUUUGCAGCUUAUUUGAGUUACAGUUAGUUCAAAUUUUACAAACCUUUGAGAAGCCGUAUCUUAUGAACUAUUUGGAUUACUAAAAAAAUUAUAGUCAAUUCAUUGCAAAUUUCUUCUUCUUAAAAGUGUGCAUAGUGACGUUUGCCGUAACUCCAGAUUUUGGUGGAAAAAAAUUACAACAACUGAAAAAAGUCCUAAAAUUUAAUUGAUUUUCAUGUACUUUUCAAUGAUCCCAAGGGCUUUUGAGGUUGAAAACUUGUAUUUGUUAAUACCAUUUCAUCACUACCAACAUAUUAAAAAAACAGAACUACCUCAUUUAAUGUUAGGUAAAAUGUACCAAUUCCAUGGCCUAUUAAACACAUAGAAAUACCCAUUUCAGGAAGUAAUAUCCAUGCUCACACAAAUAAAUACACAGUUUUCCAAUCUUCACAGAUAUAAAUAUAUGACCUUACUGGGAAUUGGGCCCAGGUCCCUGCCUACAUAGGCAGGGUCACAACCAACUAUGCUAGUCAGGUUGUCUUAGUGUAGAAAUGAAAGGAAUGCCUAUGAA